AUGGGCCGCACCAAGUCAGGUAAAGCCCUCAAAGUUCGCAAAUACCCCACCUUUACACGCCUCGAGGACGAACGUCUCUACCGAAAACAGCAUCUCGCAGCCGCCUACCGCAUCUUCGCCUCACGUGGCUUCGACGAAGGGGUCGCCGGUCAUAUUAGUGUGCGCGACCCUAUCCUGACGGACCAUUUCUGGCUCAACCCGCUGUCUGCGCAUUUCUCUCUGAUACGCGUGUCAGAUCUUAUACUGGUGAAUGAGGAAGGAGAAGUGGUGGAAGGUGAUCAGCCGAUCAAUGCGGCGGCUUUUGCUAUUCACAGCGCCAUACACAAACGGCGGCCAGAUGUAGAUGCGGCGUGCCAUGCGCAUAGUGUGCAUGGCAAGGCCUUCAGCGCAUUUGGCAGGGAAUUGGAUAUGAUAACACAGGACAGUAUACGUUUCUACAAGAGCCAUGGCGUGUACAACCAAUUCGGUGGUGUUGUGCUGGCCAGUGAAGAAGGCGAGAGGAUAGCCGAUGCGCUGGGCGACGGCAAAGCAGCCAUCCUCCAAAAUCACGGCAUUCUCACCGUAGGCAAAACCGUCGAUGAAGCAGCUUUCUGGUUCCUCUCCCUCGAUAAGACGUGCCAAGCACAACUCCUAGUCGAUGCAGCCUCGGCUGGAAGUGGACACAAGCCCAAGAUCAUUUCGGACAGUGAGGCAGCCGAAACAUACAAGAAUGUUGGAACACCGGAGAAGGGGUGGCUGGCAUUUCAGAGCUACUAUGACGAGGUUCUUGCUAAGACUGGGGGCGACUUUUUACAGUGA